AUGGAGACAAAGAAUGUCAGCAACAAGGGUUGCGGAGUCCCGGAUCGGUACAAGGGUGACAAAUUCAUCGCCAUUGGUGUCUCGGGGUGUGCUCUAGCAGUAACGGCCUUCGUGCUGAGAAUGCUGGCCAGCUUGGGCAAAAAAGGCCGCCAGGUAUCAUGGGAUGACCUUACGAUGGGCAUUGUCGUCUUGCUCAACAUACCUCCCACUGUGUUUACCUAUUACCUGGUGAAGAACGGCCUCGGACGAGAUAUCUGGACAUUGACCGACGUCCAAAUCACCAACGUCUUGAAGUUCUACUUCAUGGGAGAGAUCUUCUACGUAGUCGCCCUCGGAAUCUCCAAGAUCUCCAUCCUCUUCUUCUACCUCCGCGUCUUCCCAGCCAAGAGUUUUAAGAUCCUCACGUACAGCGUUAUGGGUGUAUCGGCAGCCUAUACGAUCGCAUUCUUCUUUGCAACUACCAUGCAAUGUUGGCCUAUCCGCCACGCCUGGACACAGUGGGAUGGACUCCACGAAGGCAGAUGCAAUAAUAUUCAUCUCCAGGGUUGGAUUGCUGCCGCUGUCAACAUUGCGCUUGAUGUUGUCGUCAUGAUACUUCCCAUGAAACAUCUCGCAGCGCUGAACAUGAGUUUGAAGAAGAAGCUGAUGGUCAUGUCCAUGUUUUCAGUCGGUAUCUUUGUCGUCUUCGUCUCGGCCAUCCGUUUAUACUCCCUCAUCCAUUUCGCCUCCACGGAGAACAUCACCUGGAACUACGUCGACGCCGGUAUCUGGAGUUUGAUCGAAAUCAAUGUCUCAAUCAUUUGCGGAUGCAUGCCUGCCCACCGACUGCUAAUCGUCAAAUUAUGGCCAAAGAUGAGGGCGAACCUCGCCUCGAGCAUGAACCUGUCAACCAAGAAGUCUACCAACCUCAGCACCACCGAUUCCCAGUUACCGGUUGAGAAGGUGGUAACGCGGAUUUCGUGCAAGCCCAAGAAGAAAGACGAGGACAAUUUCAUCCCGCUCGUUGACAUGGACAACAGCGAUCGAACCAGGUUGACGAAGGCAGAUCACAAUUCACGAGAGUCCGCUGGAUGGAUCACGCAGACUCACACUGUGGAAAUCAGCAUGCGCGAUGCCUCGAGGAUGAAGAGUAGAGAAGCACCACCGCCCGAUUGGACGGAGAAGCCUACGACAGGAAAGGAACACGUUUGA